AGUCGAUAUCAGACAAACAAUGAGGUCAGGUGACUCAGUUCAUGCACAUUUACCGCUCGAUCUGUUGGUCCUGGACAUUGAUUGUUUCAUCCAUCUGCAAUACACAAAGAAUGGGAAUGAAUUUCAAGCAAAGCCGGGCCCCUUUCAAGUUCCUACCAUCACUUGUAUUUUGAAUUAUAGACUCUCUAUUGUGUUGAUAUACCAGACAACAAACUAGCAUUUGCUUUAAAUUAAUGACUUUUACAUAAUGAGGAGAAAAAAAUUCAUAGUUAGAUGCAGCACCGUUUUUUAGAAACUUUUUACCUCUCACUUAGUCAAAAUCAUGGACUUUACACAAACAGUGUAAUGAAUUAAACAAAGUAAAUAAACACUUUUGAGUGUUGGUGUGAUUGAAGUAGCCUAAAAUCAGCCAAAGCCAAGGUCAGCGGGUGUUUCUGGAUGUCCGUUCCACAGUAAGUUUGACCAAUGAGAGCAGCAAGCAAAUGUGCAAAAGCCACAAUCGUAAACAGAAAACAGCAAAGUGAAAGAUGAAGAAUGAAGCUUGUGUGACAUUAUGAAACCAUGGGAAAAGCUAACCCUAACAAAAAAAAAAAAAACAUUUUUCUACUCAGAUUUAUUCAUGAAUCAUCACUUUAAUCACCCUUUUAUUUUAGGGACUGAAUCUGACCAGUCUCUGAUGAUACACUGACCUUCUCUGUGGCAAAUACAACACAAUCUAAUGGAGCAAUUGUAUUUCAAAGUAAGCUACUGCAUCAAACAAUCAAAAAACAACAAUGUGUUAAAGGGUUGAUGACUAAACUCAAAUGAAGACGAUCCCACUUUUUGGAGCUUCUCUAAGUAACUUUGAUUUUGGUGAUAAUCAAAAUCUCCUCCUGUUGUCUUUUGCAGCAAACUUUAUCCCUCACUGUGAUUUUUUUGCUGCAGAAAAAGUAUCACGUCUGCCUGUCCCCAGUCUUAAUUUACCCCAAUGACAGAGCAACCUCCAGCAGACUGAAGGAGUCUCUUCUCUGCCUAAAAUUAAGUCCAUGCCAAUAAUUCCUCUGCCUCCACAGUUGUCCAAAGGAAGCUCAAACUGGGGUGUGUAUGUAUGUGUGUGAAUGUGCGAGGAGUCUUGGGUUUCAGGCUGCAGAGAUGGUGCUGGGAUGAAUCACAACAGGGGGGUUGGUGGUGUUGCUCAGAAGGGAGGAGGUCUUUUAUUCCUCGCAGCGGUCAAGUCCAACGUCCUUCAACUGUGACAGGCAGCAGUUUGAGGGCAGACUGCAGGGAACAGAGCGAGGUGUAGGCCGGAGAUCAGAGUGACACCAAGGUGCUGCUUUGAGGCAGGAACACAGAUCUCUACAGGAGGGCCGAAGAAAAAGGAGAUAAAACAUGGGAAUUUACAAUGAGCAAGGGUAAGAGUGUCUGUCAUGGUUUAGAGCCUGUGUGCUGCUGCAUUGACUGGAUGGAAGGGUUAUUUUCACAUGAUUUGAAUGAAGUUAUCAUCAUUUGUAACUGCUGCAAUAUAAUUAGCACUACAAUAGGAACAGUGAGGUGAUAAAAAUGACACUGAAUCAUCCAUUUUUACAGAUACCAGCAAAUUAAAUCCAAAUUCAAGCUCUCUCCUAACAGGAUUACAUCUCCAAUGAGGAACCUGACAACAUUGGAGAAUCUAACCUUUUGCUUUUAAGUCAUAAUUGGUAUAAAGACCCUGUCACUGUGUGUUUUAGGGCAGCCUUGCAGGAGCCAGAGCCCUACCACAUGCAGAUCAAGGACAAGAAAGGAGGGUCCCGCCGCCAUCCCCGCAUGGCAGCCCCCUCCUCAGUCCACCGUCAUCUCAGCAGAGUCCCUCCUAAAGAGAUCUUCAAUGAUGUGAUGUUUAUAGGUCAGUUUCUGCAUUUGCUGACAGGUCAAGCUUCUGGUUUUGGGUCGGCAUCAGCUUUGGUGAUGUGGACAGUGGUACCUCAUCUCUUGCAUAAGCAGACUACUGAUGAAAAAUCUCCUCCUAAAUGAGGUCAUUCCAGCUCUCUUGGUCUCUGAAUGGAAACCACACCGUCUAGAGACCCUGUGGUCGCCUUUUACUGUUAUUACUCCAGUCUUUCCCGGACAGCAUAAAGUACUACAGAAAGUCUUCUAUUAAAUUUAAAUAAGUGGUUUCAGCUAGCUAACAUAAGACUGUCCCCCAUGGCGUAAGUCUCCUGUCAAAGUUAAAGACUGACUCUGGAGUCGCCCCUCAUAUGGAGUCUAAAAGAAAAUUGUUGCUCCCCUUACUGCAGAGGUUGGCUAUGUGAACCAGCCCUAAAGUGCAGGAAGGCUGGCACAUGAGUGGAUCAAUACUUUAGCUUUGAUUUAAUGAUCAACAGACGUGGAUCCCACUAGACUGAAGCAUUAAACACCUACCAGUCUGAUAAAUUAAUCAUUAUUUUAAGUUCAAAAUGACUGGAUCACACCUCUCUCUGCCAACAAUCACCAUGGAAAACAGUCAUAAUAGUGAAUUAGCUUAAAUGCAGCUUGUUUUCUUCUUCACAUAUAGUAAUGCAAAAAGUGAAAAUAGAUUUAGCUCAAAGAAAGAACAUUUUCAUAUAACCUUAUCCCCCAAUAUAUGACACGUUUAUGUCUGCAUUUUAAAGCUCCUGUGGGUGAUUUUGAGCUGAUUCUGAAAUGAACAUUAAAGCCUCUUUGUGACCUACCAACACAGGUAAGACCAUCAGUGACAAGUUACACAACUUCUAUAUAGUCGUUCUUGAUGCCUGAUAAAAUCAGUCAAGAGAUCAGAGACAAUUAACUGUACAAUUUUGUCCACAGGGGGUGCCAGAAUCAACAGGAAGCCAGUCACAUGAGCUUUAAUGAUUCUCUUUUAGGUUAUUACCAGGCAACAAUCUCUGCUCUUGAGAUCAUAAGUGCAAAAAACUGCAGUUCCAUAAGUGUCCACUUGAGGCUGUCUGUAGAAACACAAAAACUACAUACAUGCUAAUGAAAAAAAAAAAGUAGUUUAAAGUCUGGUCCAAAAAACUGUUUUGGUCCAAUUAGCCCCGGACUAUCACAGUUCCCACUGAAUGAGGGAUGAAUUUUUUCAUUUGAGCUGAUUUUGAUCAUUAAGAUUAUGACACUUACUUGAACAAAUAGUUGCAAUUUACAAGGACACUAAAAGCCCACCUCUGGUAGGUCAACUAAAAGAGUCCGGGGACAGCAUAAAAUCAGGUAACUGAAACCAAUAAAUAGAAAUUUGAUGGUGCUUUACAAAUAAAGUUGAGUUGAGUUGAGGUUUGUAUAUUUAUUAGAAUGAUGUGAACAAGUGUCAUAUUUAUUUUCCUGUUACUGUCAUUCAUUGGCUGAAUGUCUAUGGGCUAAAUAUAAAAAAUCAUCUAAAGGAAGAAUAAAUGAAGAAGAAGAAGAAGAAGAAGAAGAAGAAGAAGAAGAAGAAGAAGAAGAAGAAGAACUUUAUUGAUUCCUGGAGGGAAAUUCAAUUCUCUUUAGUCUCAUGUGUCAUGUCUCAAGUCAUCUAAGAUUUACAGAAGAAUUAUAAAGUCUGAUGGUUGUGUGUACAAACUUCUUAAUUCUUCUGUAAACUGAUUAAGCUUCUUUUUCUGUCAGUUUUAGACACACAGAUCUAGUAAUCGUCUGCAUAGAGGAUUUGUUUUGAUAGAGAAUUAACAGAAGUUCUAACUUUUUCGCUGUGUUUUGUUUGUGCAGUUGGAGGAUGGACCCAAGAGGACCCGUCCUGUCCUGUCGAGCAGUUCUGUUCCGAGUACAACGAGUGGAAAUCAGCAGCUCGCAUGGUCAACAGUCGUGGUGGUGUUGCUGUGGGCACACUGGAGGGCAGGAUCUACACUGUGGGAGGAGAAGAUAAAGUCAGAUGUUACAGCAGUGUGGAGAGGUAAGAGACUGGUGGUUUGUUUGGUUUCAACAUGCCAGACUUUGAAAACAAUUAUGAGCCAUUUUAUGAAGCUCCUGAGGGCAGAUGAAUUCAUACUUUCAGAGCCUCACAUCAUUAUUUGAAUAGAUUUUGUUCCUGUGUCACACGCUCCACUUGAUUUAAUUUUCUUAAGACUCCAUGUGAGGCUGUAAUUGAUUUUCCUCUCUUUGUGGCCUCUGUCAGUCUUACAGUGAGGGAUGAUUCAUACUGACGUUUCAUUACGCUCAUACUGGUGAUCGCGGUGUGACAUGGUGAAAGCUAACAUGCUGGAGUAGGAUGAUGACAGUUUGACAUACCAGUCAUCUCUCAAACUGUAAGUGCUGCCAGGCGCUGACAGUCGCUGUCUUUUAGAGGAUUUCACCGGGCUGUAGGUUGAACUGUGAAAAAUGAAAUUAUGUAAGUGUAAUGUCAAGGCUUUGAUGUUCAUAUACAUCAUUUCUCCAUGAUGAGGGCCUAAAUGUUAUUUUAAAAAGUCCAAUUGCAUCAGGAUUUCCUACUAAGAGAGAAGCUGUGCUGCUGAACAAAAAGGGCAUGACAUGUAUUUGAGUGGUACAAUAAAAAACGACUCAGCUGUAUAACAGGCAGUUCACACUUGGAUAAAAGAAAUUAGCAGAUAUUCAUGUUGCGAUAACUAAUCAGCAUGAAGGUUGCCGGUUGACAUAUGAAAAGGGACAGUUGUUCACUGGUAUCUAAAAUGGAGGACAAACUGAUUGUGUUGAUGUGUGGGUUCCGCAAAUUAUAUGAUACCUUUUGUUUCAAUUACUGAAACCGGUAUAAAUAUUAGCUCGCCGGGAGGCAAUUGAGUGAGGAGGUUGGAUUACCUGGUAAAUUGUAAAAAUCUUUGUCUACCACUUGAUCCCGCUGCUUGAAUUAGCAGGGAUUGCUGCUAAAAUUACCAUUGAAAUGUGAAUGAAGCGAGUAAAUAUUAUUCAUUCACGUGUCUAGAUUUGCACAAAUUAAGUGAGUAGCCAAGAUAAUUUUCCUUGCGCUUGGUGUGGGCGCCCCAUAAAACUUUCUGUAAAUUUGCUCUCCUCUGUUCAAUGAAUAACAGUUUCAUUUUCUUGUGCGGGUUACUUCUGCACAAAUAAAAUGUUACAGAAUAAACAAACAAUGUAAAAACUUUAUUCUUCUCUCAUUCCACAAAACUUUGUUUGGUUAAAAAAAAUACACUGUGCUUUUGAUUGUAUAUGUUUGUCAAAAAUGUUCAUCCUUUAUUUAGUUGGUGAAAAUUAUAGACUUUAUGUUCAAAUUUAGAAAUAAAUACUUUAGUUUAAAUAUUUCCUUUUCUUUUUGUUUUCUGACAGUUUUUAAAUCUUUUCUAGUAUGUCUGGAAAUAGAGCGUAAUAACUUUGCAAUAACCUCAUGUUUUUCAUUAAUGUUUAAAUUAUAAAGUUGAGGUCCAAAAAUGGAGCCUUGCAGGACUCCACAUUCUAUGAUCCUAUUCUCAAAUGUAGAAACUUUUACAUGUUUCCUGUCAUCUACAUAACUGCUCUGUUAUUUUAAAACUCAAAGCUCUUCAUAAUGCAGAAGGUAACAGUUACCAGCUAUAUCAGAUCAGUCAACUGGUCUCAUAUCUGGUAACAGACAUGAGACAAGGGGCAUGUGGAGGUACCUUAAAGCCAUCUACUAAAACGAAACAAUUUGUUCAGCUCCAGAAUCAAAACUUUGGGGGAGGAUAUGCUGGCUGCUGCACUGUCAUUAGAGAAGCUAGUGUUUUAAUUUAGCAUGUUUUCUCACUAUCUAAUGAUACAUUCAUGUAAUUUAUGGUUUGAUUCAGUAGAUGUCUCACGUAAUGCUCCUUUAAAAGUCAGCAGCUUCAAAUGAAUGCAAGUUCACAUUGGGCUUAGUGUUGCUGUUUAGGUAAUUGAACAGCAGAGGGCAGCAUUUAGCAGAGAUUAGAGGUAGAGGUCUGCAAAUAAACUUGGGUCUUUCAGUACACUGUAACUAUGAACCAUGUUUUUAUGAGAAGCAGACCACCCAAAGUCCUGACUUAACUUCUCCUAUUGCCUUUUCUUAAUUGGCAGAGAAAGUCCAAAAUAAACUUUCUUCCUCCUAUAUACACACAUACUCUCUGCUAGCACAUUUUCUCCUACUUCCUCUCCUCCUACUCAAUCAGACGUCUCUGAGGAGCUGGCUCUGCUCCCAAUUCCCACAGACAGACAUCCCUCAACUGAUCUCUAGCCAGCUGACCCCAUUAUCAACCAUCCCUGGGCUGGCAGCAUACCAAGAGGGAAAGACCUGCUCCGGAAUGAUCCACUCUUAAUGGCCUGGACCAGCUAGCACUCUCUUUUUUAUUUUUUUAUUUUUUUAUUUUUUGUUGUUUUUUUCUGGUUGCUUCCUGGUCCCUGAGGGGCAGUUACAGAGAAGUUUAUGACAUUUCUGGCAUCCCACUUGAGCAGGAAAAUUGCCAAUUAGAUGGAAGUAUUGUUUCGGGCGAGUGGGGGGUGAGCUGGCAUCUAAUGGCUCUGAACAGAGAGAAAACAGUUUUUAAUCGCUUUCCAGUGGAGAGGAAACAAUCUGGCAGAUGUUUACACUGAUGCCCGCACGACUCAAAUACUUUCUCUCGGUGUGAGUCUGUUUUCCUCAAAAGUACACAACCACAAGCUUCAAAACACUCAGAGGGUUUUUGAAAGCUUGUGCCUGUUUUGGUCCUCUCUCCCUGAAAGCUGUUAAUAGCAGAAUCUGACUCCCUCUGCUCCUCUCUCUCCAUCCUGGCAGGUAUGAUCCAGACACAGACAGCUGGAGCACAGAUGUAGCACCCUUGAGCAGCCCCCGCAGUGGUGUGUGUCUGCUGGAGAUGGACGGAUACCUUUAUGCCAUUGGAGGACACGACGGCAUCACUGCAAUGAACACUGUGGAGAGGUAAUGUGGUAGGAAAAGAUCAAUAACUGUUAGGACUGGCUAUAAAUCUUAGUAAUACGCACUGUAAAUAAACAGGACUGUGCUCACCUGUUUAUCCACCAUUGAAUCCUGUUGCUUAAAGAGUUUCCUUUGCCGUUCGCCGCAGCAGAGCUGAAAUAAAUGAAGUAACUUAAUUAUAUCCACUUUUCACAGAGCACAACUAUCUGAUGUAAGCCUUUUGUGCACGUAUCACCAUCACUCUUUUUAGCACAAUAUUUUAUGUUUGUAUAAAAGCAGUUAUUGUUAAUACCGGUAUUUUGAGACAGAUAUAACUGAGACAGAGGCUGCUGUUAAUCUAAUUAUUUACUAGUGUUUUUAGACAUGCGGGCUUAAUAAUUAUGAUACAAUUUAUUUUUAAUGUGCUGUACAUCUGAGAAAACAGACCUCAAAGUGCACACAGUAAAAGGCAAUAGUAAAACAACAAAUAAAAACAAUAACAGUUAUAAUAUAAAAUCAGCCCAUAAGAGCUUUUCUAAAAAGGAAGCUGAUAAGUCCUUUUUUAAAAGCAUCCACCAUCUGUGGAGCUCUGAGCUGGUUAGGAAGCGCAUUCCACAGACGGGCAGCAGUAGUUGCAAAGGCCCUUUUGCCCAUGGUCUUGAGCUGAGUCCUGAGCGGGUGCAGACGGUGCAAUUUGCCUGACUGGGCUCUGGCUGAGGUGUGUGGGGUGAGAAGUUUGGUGAGGUAGGUGGGGGCUUCACUGUGAAGACAGUGAGGGGUGUGGAGGAGGAUUUUGAAUUCCAUGCAGAGGUGGACAGGGAGCCAGUGCAGAGUGCGAAGGAUGGGGGUGGUAUGCUCAAAUUUGCGUACCAUCAUCAGGACCCUGGCAGCGCUGCUUUGAACAUAUUGGAGCCUUUGGGGGGGGCUCUUGCCAGGGAUCCCGAUGAGGAGUGCCUUGCAAUAGUCCUGCCUGGAGGAAACAGGCUGGACUAUAUAAAAAAAGCAGUGACAUGUAAACCUGUAGUGUUUGUUGAGCAAACUCAACAGCAUCCCUCUGUUUCCUCUGUGCUGCUUUGCAGGGGUAUGUCUGGACUUUUUGACUGGGGUGGCACAGCUCUAGCACUGGCAUGGGCGAGGGUGGCCAGGAUAUGUGUGCAUACAGAUUAUCAGCAUUUACCCUUCUGUCUUCACCUUCUACUUUAACAGCUGUCAUCAAGGUGCCAAACAGAUAUUUCUGUAUAUUCCUGUUUAUAGCUAAAUAUGGCUAAAUAUUUUUUUAUAAGUAAAUUUGAAUAAGCAUAUCUAAUAAUAAUAAUAAUAAUAAUAAUAAUAAUAAUAAUAACUCACAGAAGAGGGAAAAGAGAAAAAAAACAGGAAAAAGGAAAAGGAAAAAAGGCAGAUGACAACACUUUAGAAUCAAAACAGAUUAAGAGAUGAAGUACAAAUAAAUAAAUCAAAGGACUUUCAAAAGCAUUUAAAUAUGAGUUUUUGAAUAAAAUAAACUCAAUAAGUUUAAGUUGAAAAGUAACGAAAAGAUUAUUUCAUCUAAAAGCAAGUCUGUGAAAGUGAUUUUUUAAAUUAAAAAAAAAAAAAUUAAGUGAUUUCAAAGAUGUCUCUGCAUCUGUAUGCUUCAUCUCCUCAGGAGGUUGUUCCAGAGUCGGGGGGCUCUGAUGGAAAAAGCUCAAUCUCCCUCAGAUCUGAGCCUUGUGUGUGGAACCACCAGCAGGAUGUCACCUGAGGAUCUCAGACUGCUGGGCUGCUCAUACAGCGUCAGCAAUAAAAUGAUCAGUAAAAACUGAAGAUCAGUUCUGAAAUGCACAGAGAGCCGAUAAGGGAGACAAGGAGAUGAGUGGUAUGAUGGCGUCAGAGAGCUAAAGAGAGAGAGUAAAUAAACUUAAAGUUUAAAUUUUUUAGGUUUAGUUAUAAGACAAGAUAUGAUAAUUCUUUUUAAAAGCCAAAACAGGGAAAUUUGCAUCAAAACAGCAGUAAAAAAAUUGCUUUUUUAUGAGAUUACUCGAUUAACUGCCAGAAUAACCGAUAGAAAACUGGAUAGCGGAAGAUUUCACAAACUGCAGCCCUAGUUUGAAGAAAAAAAUUCCUUUAAUGGGUUUCUGUUCUUCCCAUAGGAAAAAAUCUUUCACUUAUUCCCCCUCUGAAGAAACAAAAAUAUUCCUCUUUUUCUACUGAUUAUCUAAAUGUUAAAUCCAAGGAGUGGGCCGUCUUACAUAUAUCCAGACUCAAAGUAAUAACGAUCUUAACUACCCGACACCUGACAUUACUUUGUCAGAUCUGAAGUGGCUGACUCAGAGGAAGGGAAAAAAAGAAAUGAAAUGAUUUAAACUGUGAAAAACAGAAAUGAGUGACAGUCCAUUUGUUGAAUCACUCCAGCUAACCUCUGUUUCUUUGUUCCAGGUAUGAUCCAAAAAUGAACUCGUGGAGCAAACAGGCACCGAUGAUGACCAGGCGCACUAGAGCUGUGGCCGCCGUCCUGGAGGGUCACCUGUAUGUGAUCGGAGGGAAUGACGGAGACAUGGCCCUGAGCUCAGGUGAGGCAGUCUGAAACAGCUGAUUCAUUUUUAAAAUCACUGGUCCUAUUAUCUCUGCAAAUUUAAAUGUAACCAAGUAGUUUUAUUAUGUAAAGGGGCGAAGGCAGAGACUGAGGUUUUAUAUGUAAAUAUGUAAAUGUGACCUGCUAAAGCUGGCACCAUUUCUACAAAGAAGCACAACUUUAAAAAGAAUACUGAAUAAAAAUACUUGCAAAUAUCACAGACUAUUUAUUCAUGUGUUUAUGCCACUGUGAGUGUGGACUCUGACCCGUUUGCUGAACCGACAUGUUCCCACACUUGAGGAAAAAAAUCUCAGCUUUCUUUGACAGCUUUUUGACGUGUGGCAGGACUUCACUCACACGUACAGACUAGUUUGACCUCAUCCUCCCUGUAAGAAGCCAGAUUCAAGUGCACACAGACACACACACACAUACACACACACACACACACACACACACAGAUUCCUGAGCCCCUGACCUUGCCAAAGAUAAACAGGGGUUAUGUUGUGUUACCACUUGUCAUGGACUAUUUCCGUCUGUGAGAAGUGCACGUCAGUAAAAUUCCCACAAACUUUUUUUUGUUCCCAUCAAGUUCACUUACGUGGAAAUAGAUUUAAAAUGGAAUCUUAUGGAAAAAUGUUCAGAAAUACAUCUAUCCUGCAAAAUGUGAUUGAUCAAUGGAACCAACCUUUAAAAAACGCUCCUUCUUCUUACUCAUGCACUGAGCUCAGAUGUAUGUUUACCGUUUAUGUGGCCCUUUUGACUCCUACAACCCUCUAAAUGUCCCCCAGUGGAGCGGUACAACCCUGUAGAUGGUACCUGGUCGAUAUGCGCCCACAUGCUGACUCCAAGAGAGAAUGCGGGCUGUGCCGUGUACCUGGGACACAUCUACGUGGCUGGGGGCAGAGACGAGCUGAACCUGCAGCUCUGCACCGUAGAGAGGUUUCACCCGCACAGCAUGAGGUGGACCCCUGUUAAACGUAUGAGGAGUAAGAGGGACAAUGUGAGUAAUGCAUCAUCUAGCCUCCUUGCUGAUUUAAUCCAGGUUUUUUUUUUAAUACCCAGAUGAUUGGAGGAGGGAGGAUGGAAAAAUACAGCAGAGGGAGGACAUGAAUUUUCUUUAAAGAUUACUAAAAGAGUUCUCAAUACUCUGUUUAAAUCCCACCCUCUGUUUGAUUGCUUGUCUAUUUCUCUAGAAACACUAUAAAUGAAAAUGAGGAAACUACUUCUUUCAACAUGCUGUAGAUGAUUUAGAGCAAAGGUGUCAAACUAAAUCACAGUAGGGGCCAUAACCUGGAUUUAGGUCAAACCUGAGGGCCAAGAGGGUCAACGUUUAACCAUAAAUGUCAACCUUAUUUUCACCAGGGAUAAAAUAUGUAUAACAAAAAAUUGCAGUAAUUAUAAAUCAUUUUGGAAAAAAAAAAAACCUUUGAAGGAAAUCUUAAAUAAAAAAAAAAAUCUAAACUAUUAGUUCAAAAUCAUGAUAUUAAAAAUGGACAAUUAAUGCUUUUACAGAGCAAAAUUAUGAGGAGAAAAUUGAAAUCAUAAGUUUGAAAGGUCAAAUUAUGAGAUCAAUUAUGAAAUCAUAAGUUUAAAAGUCAAAAUAUAACUUAAAAUUCAAAAUUGGCAUCUUGAAGAUAAAAAUGACAUAUUAAAUCCAAAUUCUGACUUUUUAAAAAAUCCCACUUACUCUUAUCUUUUUCAGAUUUUAUGGCUUAUCAAGAAUAUUGUAAACAAUCAUGUUGAAGUUUACAUUAUUAUGCUGGAGGAAAUCUUCAGACCUCAAGGUGGUGGUGUCAAUAAUUAUACAAAUAUGAUAUGACCUCACAGGCAAAAUGUAAUGGGUUCAUGGGCAAGAUUUGACACCUGUGAUUUAAAGAGUGACAUUUUUAGCAUAUUCACCAUCUCAACCAAAAAUUAAAGAUCCUGAACAGGGUUUUUUUUCCCCCCACCUUUAUGAAUUAGACUGAAACUAAUACUGAUGCCUUUUUAUGAGCUGCAAAAGCAAACAAGACCACCAGCUACAAAACUGAUUAUUAAUAUAUGUGUCAAUUUGAAUUACUUGAACCUUUUCCCACUUUAGACACAACCAACAAUUAACAGCAAAGGUGGAGUUUGGGCUAUAAGUGGAGGGGGAAUAAGGUGUGUUUAUCAGAGCCAGGAAGACAAAUACCAAUACAAAAAUACAAAAUGAUCUGAUGAUAAAGCAGAUACAGAUCCCCAGCUGUUUGCUUUCCUCCAAGGAUAAGGCUGGUCUCUAUAGCCACCUGAGUCCCUGAGCUUCAUCGUGCCAUAGAUUCCUCUGAAUCGCUGCUGCAGACGUUGUUGUCUCUUUGCACUAUUGGAAAAAAGUGUGGUUUAGGUGUAUAUAUCUCUUUAACACUUAUUGCUAUCUCUCGUGUUUUAAGAUUUCUCUUGUAGUUUUUAAUGGCUCCUUGCUGGCCAUGGGCGGCUUUGAUGGCUUCACCAACCUGAAAACAAUCGAAGUUUACUCUCAUGAAACCAACUCAUGGAGGUAAGAGGAAAAGUGAUGCUGUGACAUCCUUGAUUCUGCUCAUGCAUAGCCCACUGCUGUUUCAUUUCAUUAAUGUCUAUAGCUUUUACAUGUUUUGCUUCCAUCUCCAGUUAAUGUGGUCAGCAGAAAGCACAACAGCCAUAAUGUCCUUUCAAACUGAAUUCAAAUUUAAUCACAAGAGUACAACAUUAAAGCUAUUACACUAGACAGUUUUAAUGUGGAAAGGCAUACAGAGUAGGAAAAAAAGGCAGUUUAUGGACUUACAUCACAGGGUGGAGAUAACCUCAACUGAAGAUGGGCUUUGAAAUCAUUUACACUUGUACUAUGUGAGAUAUUUCAGGUUGCAGUUUGGUGGAAAUACUAUAAAAGACAAAAACUGACAUGCCAAUUAUUAACAAUUAUUAUUAUUAUGGCUGAGGAAGCUAGAAAAGUGAUAUAACUGCUAAAUAAACCAGUUCCAUAAGAGUUCCAACUGUGUAGAGUUUCAAUUAUAGCAGUAUUUGAUGGUUUGCAAACCCUUUAAAGUUUAUAAAAUCAAACCAAAGAAAAACGUUACUGUUUUGUGACAAAUUUAGACUCAUUUUAAACUUGAUGCCAGCUGUAAGCUUCAAAACAGAUGGUACAGGGACUCAUUGUGUUGUAGGAGCUCUUCUUUUAUCAACACUGUGUAGAUGUUGAGAAACCAAAAAGACCAAUUUCUGGAGUUUUUAAAUAUGACUGCUAUCCCACUUUUGCCUUGUGUAGGAUUUAAGCAGCUCAGCAGUCCAGGGUCUCAUUUUUUGUAUAUUAUUUUCAUGAUGUAUCAGUUGUCUUCCAGUUCAGCACCUGGACUCCUGUACUACAGAGCCAUGACUCUGUUGUUUGAUGUAUGCCGUAUAAGGCAAGCUAUUUCCCAGAAAAGUCAUUGUCUGGAUGGCAGCACGUGGCUUCAAAACCAGAUUAUUUUGUUCAGUAUUAAUGGAGCCUCUCUAGUCAGGGGUUCCGCCUUUGAACUGCGUGCUGAAAAUAAGGUGGGUCACGGGGUGAUUCUUUGAGUGGGGACUAUGACUAUCAAGACUCCGAAAACAAUGUCAAGUUUUGAUUUGUUAGACCAAAGCCACAAACUUUGUUCACAGUGUUUUUUGGAUGUAUGGACUUCCACUACAGAGCUGUGCUUGUUUUUAAUUCAGUGCAGCACUUUUACUCUGAAGGACCCUUUUUAUAUUGACUCAUGUCACUAUCAUAUUGCAAAUUAAUGUAUUAAGUUGGGAAAAGUUUCACCUGGAACUCGUCAAGUAUGUCCCUGUCCAAACUAUUUAAAGCACUUUGUACAAUAACAAUAUUUUUUCAGUUUCAACAUUUGGUUUGUUGACAAAAAAAUUUCCCCCAUGGGGGAUCAAUAAAGGAAUAUUCUAUUCUAUUCUAUUCUAAAUGAGGCUUUAAAUGAUUUUCAAACCAUCAAAUUCUGUUUAAUCAACAUUUUAUGUAGCGUCCCAACUCUUACAGCACUGGUGUUGUAACAUUUCAGUAAUAUCGAUGUAGAUUACAUUCUGUUUUGAAGCUCUGAUACAGUUAUGAAAUAAAUUUCAAGCUGAGGACAAAAACACUUCAAAAGUCUACAGCUCACAUCCAGACAAACCCAUAGAGUCACUUUGUGAUUCAUGCUCCAUGUAAAGCUCCUAUAUCUAUAUAUUAUAUAUGCCUUCAGGCUGCAACCUGAAUCUGAGUGCUUCACUGUCUGAGUCGGACUGUUCUCCUCUCCAUCUGUUUUUAGACACUUUGGAAGCAUGAAGAGCAAGCAUCCGGGCGGGAGAGUGGCUGUGCUGUGCUGA